UCAUCAUAUACUAAAUAACCAAAAUAACGAUUAAAGUAAACUAGAACGUGAAAAUAUAAAAUAAAAUAAGUUAUAAAUAUGGCUGUAUUAAUGUUUAAUAAAUAUAAAGGCACGAUUUGUCAACACUGAAUUACCGAUUACAUUACAGAAAUAAAAAAAAAAGUUAAGUGAAUGACAACAUUCUCAUGUAAAUUGCUUGAAUAGGUUAGAAUUUAAAUAGAAUACAUACAUUGCAUUUAAACAAAACAAAAAAGCAAUAUGGUGGAUCAUAAUUUAAUUAAAAAGAUUUCUUUAUCUUUUUUUAAAGGCGUACAUUGUAAUCUGAAAGCCGAAGAAAUAAAAAAAAUGACUUGGGAAAAUCAAGACUUAUUUUUAAAGCAAACCGUAAAAACCACUCUUUUUAAAAAAUACCCUUGCCAUCGAGAUUUUUGUGUCCGCUUUUUUAAAAUGUUAAUACAAUACUUAGAACCUGAACAAGAAGUCCAUGACGAUAUGUAUACAUUCCUAUGUAAUAUCAUGAAAACCUCCAUAAAUGAUUUUUGUUACCGCCACUAUGUAGUUGGGAAUGAUUUUAAUAAUAUAAUAACCAUCAAGGAAACAAAAAACAUGGUACUUAAUGGGACUACUGGCUUAAAGACUUGGGAGGCUGCUCUUAUGCUAUCAGAUUGGGCUUUGUGUCAUAAAGAAACAUUUUCUAACAAGAAUGUUCUUGAACUAGGGUCUGGCGUUGGAUUCACUGGCAUAACUAUUGCUAAACUAUGUGAUAUAACAUCCAUGAUAAUGACUGAUUGCCAUUCAGAUGUAUUGAAUACAAUAAAUAAUAACAUUCAAGUAAAUUUAUCAGAUUUUUGCUUGAAAGAAAAUAUUAAACCAAAUAUGUACACAAACGGAGACAAAUCAAUAGGUGUCAUGUUGUUGGAUUGGAAUGAUACUGAAGAAUUAUUGUUACCUUAUAUACCAAAUAUUGUUAUUGGAGCUGAUAUAGUAUAUGACCCAUCAAUAUUGCAGCCAUUGUUAAAUGUACUUUUAAUGAUCCACAAGAUAAAUAAUAAUGUUGAUAUAUACAUAGCCAGUGUCAUACGAAAUCAAGAUACAUUUAAUGAAUUUCUAAAGGACCUAGGUAUUUUGAACUUUGAACUCGUUACAAUUAAGGAAUUGUUAAGUGACAAUAGUGAAGAUGACAAGCCUAAGAAGAAAGUCAUUAAAAAAGACAUUAAUGAUGAUAAGCCCAAGAGAAAAAUAAUAAAAAAACAAAUUAAAAAAGAAAUACAAGUAAAUGAUGACACUGAUAACGAUAUUAAUCUUAAUAGAGAAAUUCAAGAAUUAGAAGAAUGCAAUAGCUCAUUCAGUGAUGCUGAAAUGCUAUCAAAUUUUGAAAAAAUUACUCCAAUCUUAGCUCAAAAAUUUAUUUCAUUAAUAAAUGAAGGUUGCACAUUACCAUUUAUCGCUAGAUAUAGGAAGGAAGCUGUCGAUCAUCUUAUGCCAGAUCGACUUCAAGAUAUUUAUGAAAGUUAUCAAAAUGUGUUACAAUUUAAAAAGAAAGUGAAAUCUGUUUUGGAAACAUUAAGAAAAUCUAAGAAACUGACACCAGAGAUUGAACAAAGCAUAUUAAAAACAAAAAAUCUAUCUGAACUAGAUUUAGUAUAUGGACCCUUAAAAUCACAUUCUGUGUCCUUAGCAGAAAGGGCCCGCAAUUUAGGCUUAGAAACAUAUGCAGUGAGGGCUUUGAAUGGUGAAUAUAUUGAUUUGAAUUCACUUUGUGACGGUUCAGAGGAACUAUCAAGUGUUGAUAAAAUAGAAACUCAUAUAAUGCACAUUGUAGCAGAUAUCAUGUAUAAGGACGCAAGAGUUCUUCAACAAAUGAGGACACUGAAAGAAGAAACUAGAUUUACUCUACAAAGUAGUCGAUCGAAGAGUUCUACUAAGGAAAAGCAAGAAAGUGAUAACAAAAAGCUUGAUAAUAGAUCAGAUCCGGAAACAUACAAAUUAUAUUUUGAUUGGAAGUGUCCCGUUGCAUUCGUAAAAUGCUACCAGACAUUGGCUGUUAACAGAGGUGAGGAAGAAAAAAUACUCUCUGUGAAAGUUAUUAUACCUGAUUGGUUUUACAAUAGACUGGAAAGGUUUUGUCAAACUCUGUGGAGAAGUAAUCAUUGGGUGAAUAAGGGCCUUGGCGACGCAUAUAAUCGUCUAAUAAAACCAUGGCUCUCUAGACAAGUGCGAUCAGAACUAACGAAUGCGGCACAAAAAGAAGCCGUCAAAACAUUCUCAACUAAUUUGGAAAAAUAUCUUUUAACAGAACCGAUAAAGAAUAGAAAUAUAGCAGGAUUAGAUCCAGGGUUCAAGGCUGGCUGCAAAGUUGGGAUCAUAGACAAUACGGGAAUGAAAUUAGAAGCUUGUAACAUAUAUCCAAAUUUUCAUAGCAAUAAUAACGAUCCAGCUGCUAACCAGUUAAGAAAUCUUCUUAAAAAACAUAGAGUAGAAUUAAUCGGUCUAGGCAAUGGUACAGCAUGUCGUGAAACAGAAUCUUGGCUGAAAAAACAUUACAUAUCUGAUGAAAUACCAGUAAUUAUUGUCCCUGAACAGGGUGCUUCCAUUUACUCUAUCAGCAAGGAGGCGCAGAAGGAACACCCAAACAUGGAUCCAAAUUUGAUAUCAGCUUUAUCAAUCGCAAGGAGAGUCUUGGAUCCUCUGGGAGAACUGAUAAAGGUUGAACCUAAGAAUUUAGGCGUCGGACUUUACCAGCAUGAUAUUCCUCCAAAAAUGCUGGAAAGUGUUUUGGAUGCAACCGUGGAAAAGGUUGUUAGUUUAGUUGGAGUGGAUAUUAACACAGCGUCACAAGCAAUGUUAAGACGGAUUUCUGGAUUAAAUGAAAGCCGGGCGAAGAAGAUAAUAUCGUACCGUCAAGACAAUGGCAGUUUUAAAACGAGAGCGGAGAUUUUGAAAGUCAGCGGAAUCGGAAAAAUAACUUACCAACAAUGCGCGGGUUUUUUAAAAGUAUUGGGAGGCUCGGAACCAUUGGAUUCAACAAUUGUGCAUCCAGAAAGUUACUCUGUUGCGAAGUUAUUCGCUAAAAAAAUAGGUGUUAAUAUUAAGGAUCUAACAAAACCUCGAUUCCCCGAAGAAGUUGACAGAAAAGUAGCAACAAUAGACCACGUAUCAAUGAGCAAGGACUUGAACACUGAUAUCAGUACUCUCGAGUUAAUAGUAAAUGCUUUUAAGCAAAAAGCAUAUGAAGAUAACAUGAUAACAUUCUGCAGACCUGUUUACUCACUAUCCGUUCAAGCUCCCGACCAAUUGAAGAAGGGCACAAGUCUCACAGGUGUUGUUCGUAAUGUAGUGCCAUUUGGAUGUUUCGUUGACUGUGGCGUUGGAGACAAUGGACUCAUACACACGAGCAAGAUGGGAAAUGCAACAUUGAAACUAGGAGAUAGAGUUGCUGUUACAGUUAUUGCAACUCCCAAACCAAAGAAGCUACAAUUAAAACUUGACAACAUUCUUGACUGAUAUAUUUAUUUUGCCUAUUUUUUCCGACAAGAUCUGUUUUUUUUUAAUAAAUGCUAAU